AUGAGAAGAAACCAACCAGAGGAGGUCUCCAGCAUGGAAAAAAAAGAAAAAGUGAAGAAAGACCCAAUAAUAAACGAUCCGCGCUUUUUCAAAAAAGAGGUCAAUCCUUUGUACUUCAGCGAUACGUACGGCUUCCUGUACGAGAAAGAGAAAGAGCAGCUGGAGAGAAAAUCAAAAAGAAACGAAGAUGUAAAAAAGCAGAUGGCUCGAAUAGAAGCCCGCAACAAAAUUAUAAGCACAAAAAGAAAAGAGAAAGAAGAACGAGAAAAAGAGAUGGAAAGAGUGAAAGAGGGAAAGACGCCCUUCUAUCUCUCGCAUAAACAGAAGAAAAUGAUCAAAACAGCGUACGAAGCAAAAGAAAAAGGCCUGGAGCACGUUCUCAACAGGAUAAAGAAGAAGAAGAAAGAAAAAGAGAACAGGUCCAGGCGUCUACUAGAAUAA